AUGGCCACGCCAAAUACCAGCUCAACCUCGUCUGACCAUGGGGUUAAAGAUGCCGGCGCCGAGGGACCGGACGAGAGCAAAGAUGUCGAGGCGCAGACUGUCGUGGAGCAGGGGAAGAGGAAGAAGCUGGAGCUGCAAGAUCAAACGAACCUGCUACCUCAUCGACAGGUGUUGAUCGUGUUCGCAGGUUUAUCGAUGGCAUUGUUCUGCAGUUCCCUCAAUCAGACCAUCAUUGUCACAGCCCUACCUACCAUCGGCCAGGCUUUCGGACGGGCAGAUAUCGUCUCUUGGGUCGGGACGGCGUAUCUCUUGACUUCGACCGCCAUGCAACCUUUGUACGGGCGCCUAUCUGAUAUCUUCGGCCGGAAAGUCUGCCUCAUCGCCUCCCUGGUCAUCUUCUUCCUCGGCUCUCUAGGAUGCUCGGUCUCAGCGAGCAUGAUUCAGCUCAUCGUCUUUCGAGCUAUACAAGGCAUCGGAGGGGGCGGCAUCCUGACCUUGAGUAUGAUCAUCGUGUCAGAUAUCGUCACGUUGAAGGACCGAGGGAAAUACCAGGGCAUUAUCGGGAUGGUCAUUGCCCUUAGCAACAGCGCGGGCCCUCUCAUCGGGGGAUUGUUGACCGAGAAAGCUACCUGGCGGUGGUCAUUCUGGAUGUCGCUUUGCCUCACUUCCGUCGCCACUUUCGUCGUCUUCUUCCUCCUCCCGCUCAAAUCCGUUCGAGGCGAUAUCAUUACCAAGCUUCGAGCGGUCGAUUGGUUCGGCAGUAUCCUCACCCUCGUAUGGGCCGUCACAUUCCUCAUCGGUCUUUCCUGGGCUGGAACGCAGUACGCCUGGACGUCCGCCGCGGUCCUCGUCCCUCUCAUCCUCGGUUUGGCUCUUCUCGGCCUCUUCCUCUUCGUCGAAACGCGGGUCCACCUUCCGAUCGUCCCACUCUACAUUUUCAAAUCGCCCACCGUAUCCGCCACCGCCGUAUCUACCUUCUUCAGCGGAGCUGCCUUCUUCUCGGUGCUCUACUACCUUCCCACCUAUCUUCAGGUCGUCCACGGCGACUCGCCCAUCCAAUCCGGUAUCAACACCCUCCCACUCGCGACAACCCAAACUGUCAUCGCGUUCGUCGCGGGCUAUAUUGCAAGCAAGACCGGUGAUUACUACUACAAUCUCUGCUUCGGCUUUGCGAUAUGGACGAUCGGUCUCGGUCUGAUGUCAACCAUAUCUACCACCACGCCGCAGGCUAAUUUCAUCGGCUACCAGAUCGUUGUCGCCAUCGGUGCGGGUCAAACCUUCCAAACCAGUCUUCUGGCAAUCCAGGCGGCGGUCGAGCGCAAGGAUAUGGCGGCCGCGGUAGGGAUGCGGAACUUCAUGCGGCUGCUAGGCGGAACAGUCGGUCUGGCAGCGUGCAGCGCGGUGUCCAAUAAUAUCGUCCGGGCUCAUCUGAGCGCCGUGGGAGUAGGAGAGGCUGUGGUUCAGCGGGUCCUGAAGGAUCCUACGGUAGCAGGGGACUGGUCGGGGGACAUAGAUCUGGACACGGUCCGCGAAGCUUACGCCGCGGGGAUCAGAGGCAUAUUCUACCUCCUCACUCCCCUCAUUGCCAUAUCCUGCGUCGUUGUUGUCUUGUUCGUGAAGAAGAUCUCGCUCAAAAGGGACGAUGACGCGGCGAAGAAGCAGGAAGCAAAGGAGUGGCUGGAGAAUAGGAAGAACAAGCGAGCUCGAAAGGGCCCAGCCGGGGCAGCGGUCGAAGGGGCAGCUGAGAGCACGACGAAGGGUCAAGACGUCAGCCAGUACCCCUCGGGAGAAAAGGUCGCAACGACAGGCGAGUCUCUGGGAUCUCGAGUCGGGGAGAGGGUGAAGAAGGAGGAAGGGGUGCUAGAGGGAGUGGCCAAAACUUUUGAUGAGGCUGCGGGAGCUAUACCGCGAGACGCUGAGAUACCGACGCGGAGGGAGGGAAUCUGA